UAUUCCCUGGUUGCAUGUAGUUGUAGCUUCGAUGGCCGUACAAUAACGAUCGACUCGAUUUUUUCCUUUAGUGUCCUAAUUCGAUAUUUUUUAUUAAUCAAAUCUGUAUUUUGUGCAUGAUUUUUUGGCAUUCUCAUUUUUGACCCACCCGUCUUGUGUGAACUUGGUUGAACGCGUAAUUCAGAAGAGAAAAAGAUCAAGAUGGGAAAUACUCCAAGCAACUUGUCCAACAAAGAAGAAGAAGAUCUUUGGUGGAGGCACGAUAAAAUCGAAAAAAUCAUCCAGCAUGAAGAUUGCCAUACCUCAAAUCAAUCGUUCGACGAGUUCUCCGAGGAAUUCAAUAAGAAAAGGGACAAGCGGAAACAGAUUUUGGAACAGAAACGUAAAGAAAUACAAGGCAUAAGGGAAGAACUUAAUAUUUUGAGACAAGAAAACGAAAGAUUGAGAAAUUCCCAAACACAAGAACGAAGUGAAGGAGAAGAUGGACAAAUAGAAUUCUUAAGGCGUCAGAAUCAGAGUCUACGCGAGGAAUUGCUCGAGAUGAGAAGCAGAGAGGAAAAUGUUGCGGAUAUUAUGGAGAAGAAUAAAGAACUGAGAAUAAGUGUUAGUGAAAUGCAAAACGAAUUACAAAAAAUGAACUCUAGUCUAUUAGAUUUCGAAGAUCAGAAAGGGGAUUAUAAAAGGCACGUUGUUGCUUUGAAGGAUGUGAUAAAAGUUUCGAAAGAGUUACUACAAAUUCGGGAGACAGAACUGAAAGAGUUGAAGGAAAAAUUAAAAUCCAUUGAAACAGCAUUCAAUGAGAGAGAAGCGUCACUCAUGUCGAAUGAUUUGAAAAGGGAGUACGAAAAGCAACUACAGAAUAUGCGGACAUUAAGAGAAUUAUAUGAAGAAAGAAGCAGAACUCACAAGAGGGAGGCUGCUCUUCUGAGAUCUAACCUGGAGGAUAAAGAGAAAGAAUUGGAGAAAAGUGCUCAAAAAAUGAGCGAACUUCAAGAGAGAAUAAGUGAACUUGAAAAAGAUACUUCUGAUAAAUAUGAUACCAUAAAAUCCUUAGAAUCAAAUAUGGGCUUGGUAAGAGCUGAAGCCAGACAAUAUCAAGCCGAAUUAGCUGUAAUUAAUCAGCUCUUUUCACACAUUCUACUGGCCUUCAAUAAUUCACCGGAACUAGAUUUCGAUAAACUUCUGAAGAGACUUGAGGAAAACCAUGACCUCCUCAAAGAUAUCGUCAAUAAUGAGGUAUCGAGUGAAGUAUCAUCAGCCCUCCCAAAAGUUCUUCUCGAUUUGGUUAAUCAAAUAUCUGGUGAAAAAGACACGCUUGAAGUUGAGGAGUGUAAUAAGAAAAAAUCACAAGAAGGAACUGAUUCAGCAUCUACCUCUUAUAAUCUGAAUAGUCCCGCUGAAAUAGCUGAAAAUCUUCCAAAGGUUUGGCGAGUUUUGAUAGAGCUUCUGAGUCAUCAAUCAGCUAAUUCCUCGGAUCAAGCAACCAGUGACGAAGAGGAUGAAAAUCGUUGCUUCAAAACUGUUACCACCCCAAAAGGGCCUAGUUUGGUUUUGAGUGUCAGCAAAACGUUCUUCAGACUAAAGGAACUGAUCGUUGAGAAGAAAACAUUAGAAAAAGACAUGAACAAUUUGAAGCAACUCAACUCUCAUUUGGAGAGCAGAUUGCAGGAACAGGAGAAGAGAUUCGAAUUUGUUUCUACUGAACUAUCGAAAACAUGGAAUUUCGUGGGAAAAUUGCAGAAGGAGCACAAACUUCUGCAUACCCAAGAACAAAUUCUACGUUACGAAUUAGCCCAAAAACGCAAACUGCUCAAGGAACUCAAGGAAGAACUGGAAUAUAGUCGAGAAAAGUGGCAAGAAGCUAGAGAAAAAAACUCGAAGACUGAAAGGGAAUGGCUAGUACUCAGAAAUGAAUUUGCUGCCAGAAGAACUGCGAUAGUUGAAGAUGGAAACAGUGUUGAAAGCGGAUAUAGUGACGAAAGAGAAGGAUCCAGUGACGAAGAACCAGGUUACGAAACAGAUAUUUCAGAGUGUAACACGAAAGCCGACGGAAUUUGCGAAGAUGAUGUAGAAGAUAUUGAAACACAAAGAAGCCUUGUGAACGAAGCAAGUAUGAGCGAAUUGCCAAGUGUAGAGAGUCGAUCGACAACAAACUCUGAAUGCUCGAUUCUAAACGUUAUUGACAGUGAAAUAUCGGAUAUUCCAACAACACUCUCAAGUGAAAUUAAUGCUGAAAUUUCGGAAACACAUGGUGAAAUUGAAGAACUGAAGGACAUAGAAGCUGGCUGUACCUCUGAAAUUCCGGACUGCACAAAUAAUGAUAGAGAUAAUGUAGAUACCACGGAAUCACCACAAGGUAGUAGUUCUACAGAAAAUAAAAUUGGAUCUGAUUCAUCUUCUACUCAAACAUUAUCUUUCGAAGAGAGACUCGCUGCAAGAGAUGAAAGGCUAAAAAGACUUGAAGGCCAAUGCAAAGCCUUAGUGUCUCAGGUCACAAAUACAUCGAAUAGAAGUACAGCUAUUUGUAAUAAACUAGAAGAUCUUCACGAAAUAUAUGGGGAAAGUUCCAGAGAACCACAGAUGCGAGAAGCAUCAGAAGAAAAUAAUACUGAUUGCAGUGAUGAAGAAAGUUGAUUCCAAAUUUCUAAGAAAAUUAUUGAUGUUAAUCUUGUCGCAAUGAAUUUCCUGUUGAAAAAAUUGAACAGUUACACAAUUAUACAAAUUUCAAACGCAAUGAUGUUGUUCUAUAUGAGUAUUGCUAUAUACGAUCAAGGUUUAAAGAGGAACAAAAAAUAAAGAAAAAUCGAUUUAGGAAUUCAUUGAUCUCAUUGUAUCGUUUAUGUCAAUCGAAUAAGACUUAUCAGGACUGUUCAUCUAAUAUUGCGAUUAUUACUUGACAAUAAUAUGAAAUGUGAGUAGUGAGUAAGAGGCUGAAUGUUUAUACUUUUGAUAUUCACCAUAGAAACAAUAUUAGGAAUGUCGUCUUUUUCAUGAACCAUAUAUACUUAUUGAUAUUAUUUAUAACGUAUCAAUUAUUUUUGAAAAUAAAUGUAUAUCUGAAAGCUA